GGUUGCUGCGCGCAAUGCCACGUUAGUAGCGGUAGACACAAAACACAAGACGCCUUCCUUUCGCUGCCGAAAAUAAGGGGGACGCCGAGCAGAGAGGCCAGGUUUCCAGCGAGAGCAACGACCGCGCUUAUCAAUUCUUCGUUCGGGACUCCUUCUAACGGAGACCAUGCUGAAGUUUUUCGUCGUCUGCACGCUGGCCGUGGCCAGCAGGGCUGAGAUCGCGGAGGAGGAAGACGUCCUGGUGCUGAAGAAAAGUAACUUCGACGAGGCGCUGGCAGCCCACCCCAGUAUCCUGGUCGAGUUCUAUGCCCCGUGGUGUGGUCACUGUAAGGCACUGGCCCCUGAGUAUGCCAAGGCUGCUGGCAUGCUGAAGGCAGAGGGGUCUGAGAUCCGCCUGGCUAAGGUUGAUGCCACCGAGGAGACAGAACUAGCCCAGGAGUACGGCGUCCGGGGAUACCCCACCAUCAAGUUCUUUAAAGGGGGAGAAAAGGAAUCCCCUAAAGAGUACUCUGCUGGCAGGCAGGCAGAUGACUUCAUUAACUGGCUGAAAAAGCGCACAGGCCCAGCUGUUGCCACCCUAGCAGACGUCAGCCAGGCAGAAACGUUGAUUGCUGACAAUGAAGUUACGAUUAUUGGCUUCUUCAAGGAUGCCGGGUCUGAUGGUGCCAAGGCUUUCCAGAAAGCUGCUGAAGCUAUAGAUGACAUUCCCUUUGGCAUGACUUCGGAGGAUGCUGUAUACUCAAAGUUUGAGAUGGCCCAGGAUGGCGUUGUACUUUUCAAGAAGUUUGAUGAGGGCCGCAAUACCUUUGAUGGAGAGCUGACCAAAGCAAACCUCCUGGAUUUCAUCAAGGCCAACCAACUGCCGUUGGUCAUUGAGUUUACCGAGCAGACCGCCCCUAAAAUCUUCGGUGGAGAAAUCAAGUCCCACAUCCUUAUGUUUGUACCCAAGACUGCUUCAGACUUCCAGGACAAAAUGGACCAGUUCAAGAAGGCCGCAGAAGGCUUCAAGGGCCAGAUCCUCUUCAUCUUCAUUGAUAGCGACGUUGACGACAAUCAGCGUAUCCUGGAAUUUUUCGGCCUGAAAAAGGAGGAGUGUCCCGCCAUCCGUCUCAUCACUCUGGAGGAUGAGAUGACCAAGUACAAGCCCGAAAAGGACAUGAUCUCCGCUGAGAGCAUCACUCAGUUCUGCACGCUCUUCGUUGAGGGCAAACUCAAGCCCCACCUCAUGAGCCAGGACAUCCCUGAUGACUGGGACAAAAACCCUGUCAAGGUUCUCGUUGGCAAGAACUUCGAGGAGGUCGUCUUCGAUCCCGCCAAGAAUGUCUUUGUAGAAUUCUAUGCACCCUGGUGUGGACAUUGCAAGCAGCUGGCCCCCAUCUGGGACAAGCUGGGGGAGAAAUACAAAGACAGCGCUGACGUUGUAGUGGCUAAGAUGGACUCAACAGCCAAUGAGAUUGAGGCAGUAAAAGUCCACAGCUUCCCCACACUCAAGUUCUUCCCUGCAGGAGAGGAGCACAAGGUUAUCGACUACAAUGGUGAGAGAACACUGGAAGGCUUCACCAAGUUCCUGGAGAGUGGUGGCAAGGAGGGUGGUGCACCAGCAGGAGAGGAGACGGAUGACCUUGAUGAUAUUGACGAAGUGGAAGAGCCGGAUAGUGAGGACUCUGAUGGGGAGGAAGGACAUGACGAGUUGUAAUCGGUGUUAAGGAGGAAACGAGAUGAGCCCUGCCCCCAACCCCUCCUACCAGUAACCAUCACCAACUUCCCAUGGACCUUCCCUGUCCUGUGAACACUAAUUCUUCCCCUUAACUGCUUCUCAGUCAGCCAGCCAGCCUGUCAGUUCAUCAAUGGUGUGACGGGGACCUUUGGCCAGCCACCUCUUCAAGGCCCUAACUUCUGGCCAGGAUGGACAUGUCAUGCCCCGCCUGGGGGAACUCAGUGGAAUCGUGCACCACCUCUAUGGGAAACCUCAAUGCCUUCACCAAGUUCAGCAGUUUGCCUUGUAUAUUUUGAACCAAAUGUAUGGCAUUGAGAUAACCCAAUUUGCAAAAAUGUUUUCUUCUGCAAUUUUCUGGCCAAUCUGACCCCCCCAACCCCUCCAAAACUGCUAUUGUUUGGUAUGGGCUACCUUAUCGGUAUAAAACCUGUAUCUGUGGGUAAGGGGGGGGGCUGCCAAUGUUUUUAUCCCUACCCUGUGGUGGUUGAGGACUAAUCUCUCAGGUGACUUGGGGCCAUUCUAUAUAUAAAUAUUCUUAUUUUGUAAAAUCAAACCGAGUAAGUCCAGUUUAGCACAAAGUGCCCCCCCCCCGCGCUAACCUGCAAAACCUGUAGCUGAAACCAGUGUUUUUGGCUCUACUGUCAGUUCAUUGCCUUCAUUUCCGUUCCAACUUGUGUGUUUCUCACAGCUGCAUUUCCUCUUAUUUUCAGCACAGCUACUGACUUUUUUUUUUUUUAAGAUAAGGUAAACUUUUUCAGAGGGCAAAAAUCCUUAUUUAAUUUUCACAAGAUUUUUUUUUUUUUUAUCUGUAAUUGUUUUUGGGGUCUUUUAUUGUACCAUGUGCCCGGCUGUAGCCCCGUUGGCACCGCUGGGCCAGGGAUGGCCCUCGGGCACCGCUCUCAGACCGACCACGGGUGUUGCGGAGCCCGAGACGGUUCUCGAGUCGCGCCGCGUUCAUGCCAGUCAAGAGAUUCAACGUGGUUACUGAGGUAGGCAGAAGUCGUUACUUUAAAGGGAAGUGGUUUCUUUUUGUUAAUGGGGGGGGGGGGGGGGGGCAGGAUGGUCUGAGAGAGGUGCCCGGUAUGUCCGAAGAGGGGAGGGAAAUGUCUGAACAGCCCAGUCCCCUUACCCUACUGCCCCUAUCUGCUUUGCUCUACACAACAUGCCCAUCCCCACAAGUGUGUGUGUGUGUGAAAGAGAGAGAGUGUGAGAGAGACUUGAAUGAAAGUCCCCCAUGUGUGAUUCUAUAUUUUUUUUCCCCCCAGUGCCGGGUAAUGAAUGUACUGCUGUUUUUGUGUGUGUGUGUGUGUGUGUGUGUGGUAGGGAUGGUCAGGGUUGAGCAGAGCAGAGUAAUGUGGUUUAACAACUUUACAGGGGUGGGGGAGAAUUUUAUCAAAGCAUUCCAUCAUGUUCAAUUUGAUGUAGGAAAAAAAAAUGGCGGCCAAAAAUAAACAAAAUCUGUUUUGACAA